UUUUCUUCAUCACUCAUUCAAUUUUCAAUUCCAUUCACAACCAACACACGCAAUCACACACACUCAAUCGUUUUCCACCAGAAAUCUCUCAAUUCAGAUCCAUGGCUCCCAAGGCAGAGAAGAAACCCGCUGAGAAGAAACCCGCGGAGAAAUCACCAGCAGAGAAAAAGCCAAAAGCCGAGAAGAAGAUCUCGAAAGAAGGAGGCGAUAAGAAGAAGAAGCGCGUGAAGAAGAGCGUUGAAACCUAUAAGAUUUACAUCUUCAAGGUUCUCAAACAGGUUCAUCCUGAUAUAGGUAUUUCUUCCAAAGCUAUGGGGAUUAUGAACAGUUUCAUCAAUGAUAUCUUUGAGAAACUCGCUCAGGAAGCUUCUAGAUUGGCUCGUUACAACAAGAAACCGACGAUUACGUCGAGGGAGAUUCAAACGGCUGUGCGUUUGGUUCUUCCCGGUGAAUUGGCGAAACAUGCUGUUUCCGAAGGAACCAAGGCUGUUACCAAAUUUACGAGUUCUUGAAUUAGUUUUUAGGUUUUUAUGUUUUCAGAUCUAGAAUUAUUCAGAUGUAGAUUUGAUCCGGUGUUCUGAAUAGCGGUUUCUAUGAAUAAACUAUGACUUUUGGUUUAAAUUUUUUGAUUCUCGAUCGAUGGUAAUCACCCUUUUAUUUUUA